UAGCCAUUUUAGGAGGAAACCAAAGGGGCACUAGCCCGGGGCGCUGCUUCAAUUUCAAUAACUUUAUUGGUGGCCUUCCCCGCCGCAGAUCGGCCAUCGCGCCUGUGGCCUGGACAAGAGGGAGCGCAUCUCCAGAGGUGGCCCCCGACUCGAGCUGCAGCCAUGGGAAACACCACCAGCGACCGGGUGUCCGGGGAACGCCACGGCUCCAAGGCUGCGCGCGCGGAGGGCGCCGGCGGCCAUGGCCCGGGCAAGGAGCACAAGAUCAUGGUGGGGAGCACAGAUGACCCCAGCGUCUUCAGCCUGCCCGACUCCAAGCUCCCAGGGGAGAAAGAGUUUGUAUCAUGGCAGCAGGACCUGGAGGAUUCUGGGAAGCCCGCUCAGCAAGCCCGGCCCACUGUGAUCCGCUGGUCUGAGGGGGGCAAGGAGGUCUUCAUCUCUGGGUCCUUCAACAAUUGGAGUGCCAAGAUUCCACUAAUCAAGAGCCAUAAUGACUUUGUUGCCAUCCUGGACCUCCCCGAGGGAGAGCACCAGUACAAGUUCUUUGUGGAUGGACAGUGGGUUCAUGACCCAUCGGAGCCUGUGGUUACCAGUCAGCUUGGCACAAUUAACAAUCUGAUCCAUGUCAAGAAGUCUGAUUUUGAAGUGUUUGAUGCCUUAAAGCUAGAUUCUAUGGAAAGUUCUGAAACAUCUUGUCGAGAUCUUUCCAGCUCACCCCCAGGGCCUUAUGGUCAAGAAAUGUAUGUGUUUAGAUCCGAAGAGAGGUUCAAAUCCCCACCCAUACUUCCUCCUCACCUUCUGCAAGUUAUUCUUAACAAGGACACUAAUAUUUCCUGUGACCCAGCCUUACUCCCUGAGCCCAACCACGUUAUGCUGAACCAUCUCUAUGCAUUGUCCAUUAAGGACAGCGUCAUGGUUCUUAGUGCAACCCAUCGGUACAAGAAGAAGUAUGUUACCACUCUGCUGUACAAGCCCAUCUGAAAGCUGCCCUUUCUGCCUCUGAAGAUUCAGGAAAAGUGUCCUUGCAUUUCCAGACUAUACCAGUCUCCUGCGAGGCUGGGAGGCUGAUUUGCUUUGAGGCUGAUGUGUGUGUUUCGGAGCCUCUGAGUAGGAUGCUCUGCUUUGGCAUUUGAUUGCAGAUGAGAGCUUUAUGAGUUCAUGGAAUUUAUUUUAAGGAAAAAAAAAAUUCUGUACAUGUAAGAGGAAGGUCACUGGAAGCCUGCUAGCUCCAGCCAGAUGUCUUCCCUGCCUGUAGGUAUUCAACCAGACCUGCCUGGGGGCGCUGAAGGAAUAACUGCACUGGAAGCUUUUUUGUUUUUUGUGGGUUUUUUUUUCCCCAAUAAUGAGAGACCUUAGGAUCCUUCUGGGUGGAGAUUCUGUCACCACUGCCUUGGCUCUCCAAGGAAUGGACUUGUGCUCACCUGCUGCCCUACUUACAGCUGCCUCUCGUGGGGUGGCUUUGCUUGCAUGGGUUCUCUGUACUCCCAGAGUAUGUGGCACAAUUGGUGUUUUCUCUGUGUUUCCACAUGCCCCACCAGAACCCUUCUUCUCUCUUAUCCCACAAUUUGUGAGUCUUUUUCAGCCACCACACCUGACCCUUAUCUGAUACACAGCUUGUUGGGUAAGUUAUGUGGCCUGUGUGCCACGCCAUCCCCAGGACUGCCUGAAGAUCUCCACAUUAGUCCAGCACAAGCCACUUCGUUCCACUGAAGGCAGACUAUAGAAGACCUGCUUUUUGUUUUGGUGUAGGGCCACAGCCUCAGCCGUAAUGAUGCCUGCCCAUAGGUUUUCUCACUUGGCCUGGCCCUGCUCUCAGCUUUUUUCCCCAGAGCAGACAUUUGUUAAGGUAUCAGUGGAACCAGGAGACACUUCCAUGUCUUUCAUCCUUGAAAGAUUGUUUUAUGUGCCUGCAUUUUUUUUUUUUUAGUAAAAAUGCUUUUUUCCUUGAUCUUAAGAAGAAUUUAAUAUCAUUGAUCUUAAGAAAUUGGAGAACUUCAGGCCCUGGAUGAAAUGUGCUUCAGAUUUUCUUCUCUACUCUGGAGAGGUCUGCAGUCUUGCAUUAAAGUCAUCAAGCCCCGUGCACAUCGAUACACUCA